GCUCAGUGCAUUCUUCACUCUGGGCAACUCAGCAAAGCUGCAUCUCUUAUGGAACUGCCAACCGCAACCGUGAAAUUAAGCUCGUCCAUUUCUUCCAAGCGGAAAGAUCUGGUUCCCAUUCAUUCUGUUCUUCUAUUUUCCCCCUUUCAUAUCUGUCUUGAGCAUUGUUGUUGGUUCAAAUACAGACUUCAUCAUGGCUCCCAUAAUCGAUGAGAGGGGUGUUCCCAUUCCGACCAUCGAACGUGAUGACGAAGGUUUCCCUCCUUCUCCUACUUUGGGAGCCUCUUCUCUGGACCACAGACUAGCUAUCCACUCACCGGAUGUCUCUGCCAAACCCACCUGCAAUCCUACCAGCAACCCUUCCUCCCCAGGAGUUGGUGCAGAUCUAACCUUUUCUAAAAAGUAUCUUCCCCUUCGAGAGUUGACCCUCAACUCGAGACCCUUGGUCAAGCGAGCCAUUCAGUUCUCAUGCGAUGGCGACCUAGCUGUUGCUGCUGACGACUCGGUCCAUGUCUUUGUUCCCGAGUUUCCAGAUCUCACCAGACGCAGGAAGAGGAUCGCAGAGGGAGGCGACCCGGAGUCUUCGGAUGAAGAGGAAACCAAUGAACAGAAAGGCAAGUACAACCCAGAGACGUUUCGGACGCAAUAUUCUGAGGGUAGCAAACACAUGCCCGUCUCUUUUCCGCCACUCGACCCGCGGAUCAACAAGGAGCUCUACGAUGCUGAAGGGAUGCCUUUUCCUUACGACAAGACUUCUGCCCCGCCCAAGCCUCAGGGUGUUGAGAAGGACACAAAUGGUCAAGAGGAUGGCCGAGAUGCCGGGGAUGGUGAUCAGGCCGACGGUGUCGAGGGGGACGACGAUGACGACUGGGAAGAUGACUCAGACGAUAGCAGUGUUGACGAUGACCCAGCUGGCGGUGGUGCCAGACUCGGCUCCAAUCAGCCAUACGGCGCGGGCUCUGGCCCGAUCACCAGUGUUGGCAGCAGCAUGAACCACGUCGUCAAGAUCAGCUGGUCGCCGUCCGAGCUCGGGGUCAACAGACGCCCGAUCCUCGGCAUUCUCACCGGAGCUGGGACGCUCGCCAUGUACGGCGACGGUGACAUGGCCGCGAACGUGCUCGGCAGCGCCAACGGGUACAUGCUGCAGCGCCGUGAGCUUGCGUCCUGGCUGGUUCUUUGGGGCGUGGGCGAGCGGAUGAUGGUGCCCGGCCAGUCGCCCGCCUACAGCGAGUACAUCCGUACGUUCGCCUGGGCGCAGGAAAUUGGCCCUGGCCAGGCACUGCUGGCCACGCUGAACGAUGCCAAGGAGAUCGCCAUCAUCAGCGUACAGACAGUCGUGUAUGUGGAAGAGGUUUCGGAGAAGGGAAGGGCGGUGGGUGGUCCUGCCGAGAAGACGGUCUGGCAUGUCCGUGAGCUUGUACGCUUCAAGGCGGAGGGGCCCCAUCUGCCUGUUUCGACCAUGGAUCCAGACUAUGUCCCUUGUGGCACCUCUUUUGGUCUGAGCUUUGGUCCCUGGCUUGAGGAUGAUGGUGGACGUACGUGUGUCAUUGGAUACCUCGACCGGAACUACGUCGGCUUCCGCAAACUUCGCAUCGACAAACCGUGGACCAGAGGCCAGUUGCCCAAGCUUCAGGUUGAGAACAAGGACACCCACGGCCAAUGUGUUCAUCUGACCACGGACGGGUUUAUUGAGUUUGAGCAAGGGAUCUUUCACAAGGGUGAUAUGAUAGGCUGCCGGGGAAUGAUUUCUACAGGCUGGCAUCCUGUUCCGUUUGAGGUUUCCCUUGUCAGUGGAGCCCUUGCUGAAACGGCGAAGCACAAGACAGGCGUCUGCGGAACCACAUACAACCUCCAGCAUUGCGAGAACCCCAUCAUUGAUAUGGUUGUCCACCCCCCGCCUGACCCGGCCAGACCAACACCGACCCCUCUGUACACCUUGGUUCGCUUGUCUGCCACGCCUACCACGCCGAACUGGUAUGAGACCAACGUCCCUUCUGCUCUCGCCGCGGACCCCAGCAGUCCUUACUUUCAGUGGGCUCGCUCAAUCCAACAAAAGCUGGAGGUAUUGGUCCCAGCCGACAUGUACCAGAAGCGUGCCUACGGUGCCGACGACAGCGAUUCGGAUGAGGAGUCUGACGACGGCGUUCUCAUGGAAGAUACCCUUGAGGAUGACGAAGGCGUUAAUUACACGGGAGAAGGACUCACGGCUAUCGACCUCACCACGGAUGCUAAUGUCGCCAGGGAGGUCAAGGUUGUCCCCGAGGUCCACCCUCAUCGGUUCCGUUUCCAUGGUCUUACCUUGUCUGCUGGCGGCGGCGCCUCUGCUGUCUUGGUUUCUGCCCACAGCACGCAGCAUCCCGAGCGAGGCGGUUGGCACACGCAGCGCUCGCAGGUCUUGUUCAGCUACAAACCUCGUCGCGCCUCGGGCCGUUCCCUGAGUAUGGACAUGGACGACGACAACCUGAACUUUUCCUUGCUGAGUUCCAUGAGCACCGAAGGGAAACUGUUUGAGUAUCUCUACGGCGGCGGCCCCGACGUGCCAGGCGUGCACUACCCGCUGUCGUCGGAUCCCCGACACGCGCAUGUUGCUCAGAUCUUUGCUCCUGUGGUUCGGAACCAAAAGUGCGAGGUUUGCGGGGCGGCCGUCACGCAAAGAAUGAGGAAGGAGGACCUGGUUGGGUGUGAGAAGGGGCAUUUCUUUGGCAUUUGUGCUCUGAGCGGGCUGGCUGUGCAGAAGCCGGGUAUGACGCGGAGCUGCGGGACAUGCGGGUUCAAGACGAUGAGGCCGGAGAUUUUGCUGCAAAAGGUUCCCGAGGAUAUCAAGGAGGAGGUCAAGGGGGUUAUUGGACGGGGGAGCUGCAUGGCCUGCUCGGGCAAGUUUCUCAACUAG